AUGGAGAUUGGAUUCCUUGGGGAUCCAAGAUCCUUCAGAAAAAAAAUCAAAGAGGAGCUUUAUAAAGCGUCGAUGGAGCACUUCUUAAGAACUGUCAAGGUCGAUGAAGAAGAGCGAUUCCUUGUCUCCCUACCUUGGCUUGACGGUCAUUUGCGUCUUCCAGACAACUUCGAUUUGGCACUCAAACGGUUGCAAGUGACAACCCAUAAGCUGAAGAAGGAAAACUUAUUUCAAGAAUACGGUGAUGUCUUUAAAGAAUGGGAACGAGAAGGCAUAAUUGAAAAAGUUCCUCAAGAGGAAAUAAAGUCUGCUAGUCACUAUCUGCCCCAUCGACAUGUGGUGAAGCCGAACAGCACUACGAAAAUUAGGCCCUUCUUUAACGCUUCAUCAAAACAAAAGGGAGCGGUCAGCCUCAAUGACUGUUUGGAAAAGGGAUUAAACUCGAUUGAAUUGAUCCCUUCCAUGUUAACAAGGUUUCGACUGUAUAGGUUUGGCAUUUCGGCUGAUAUACGGAAGGCUUUCUUACAAAUAAGUCUAUAUAAGGAGGAUCGAAAUUUCCUGCGAUUUUUGUGGCACAGUGAAGAAGGAGAGCUCAUACAUUACAGACAUUGCCGAGUCAUGUUUGGUGUUUCCAGCAGCCCGUUCUUGCUUGGGUCAAAAAUCCAAUAUCACUUGGAGAGAAAGUUGGAAGGCCGUGGAAGAUACCCUGAGUGCAUUAUUCAAAAGUUGAUGAACAGCUUUUACGUGGACAAUUGUUUAGCAGGCGUCAAAACCCAGUCGGAGCUAGAACGAUUUAUUGAUGUAGCCACGGAGAUCAUGGCUGAAAGAAAAUUCGACUUACGAGGGUGGGAGCACUCUAGCCCAUCUGAUCCAAUAACAAGUCCUACAAUCAUCCUGGGAACGAUUUGGGACAGACAUUGUGAUACUCUUUCAAUAAAUAUUCCUGAUUUGAGAGAACUAAUGGAAGAGGUUAUUACGAAAAGAAAUAUUCUUGCUGCUUCCCAAAAAGUGUUUGAUACCUUUGGGGAUUACUAG